AUGGUCAGCAUGACCCACAGCCUGAUAUCUGCUCCCCGUUUGAAGCCCGCAAUUCGCCUGGCGCAAGCGGUAUCAGAGUAUGAAGCCGAUCUUACACGAGAUCAAAAGGGGACAUUCAACCGCUACAGAUCUCGUGCAUACGAGAAACCUCCAUCAAUCCAAGAUGUAAUGCGACUCACAGCAGACAUUGAUGAACAACUAUCUAGCAAGACGCGUGGUCGCUGCUUGGGAACCAGGACAACCAGCUUUCUGCAAUGUGUGCAGCAAUUCGUUUCUCUAGGUGAUAUAAUUGUUGGAGGAACCCAGAGCCUUGUCGCUAGUGGGGUCUGGGCGCUGCUGGUAUUGAACUUCUCGUCCUACUUUGAGAAGAUAUCAAAUCUCUUCAUGAUCAUUGGUCGCUCAGCACCGCGCUACGAAAAGCUGGCUCUCUUGUAUCCUCGGUCAAAAGACCUACAAUCUCUGCUUCUUGACUACUUCACUGUGGUGGUUCGGCUUUGCCACCGUAUUUUGAAGUUUACCCAAAAGUCGACACUUGGAAAAUUUGGCGCGACACUGGAUGACUCGGAUCUCACAUCCUUUCAAAACCAGCUGGAGUCCCGAGCCAAGGACAUCAAAGACGAAGUAAACUAUCUGAUAGCCGAGAGAGUUGAAGAGCAAGCCAGCUUCACCUACCAACUCUGGUCAAGAAAGUAUUCCAUGGAGAUCACACACCAGCGUCAAAUGAAGGCAUAUCUAGCAGUGCUUGACUUCUGUUCUACCUACGACUACAUGACAACGUGGAAGCAGGCACGAAGACUCGGCAAUACGAGCUUGUUCAACCAAUGCUCAGAAUAUAUCGCCUGGCGUGGCCGAGCCUCCUCGUCCUCUCUAAUUCUGACUGGUAGACUGGGCUCGGGGAAGUCUGUCUUAUCCGCUAAUAUCGUUGAUGAUUUGAACCUCCACGCCACGGGGCAAAAUAGAAUUGUGGCAUUUUUCUUCAGCAGGCAUGAUCUUCCCGCAAGUUUGAAACCUCGGACAAUGAUUGGUUCGAUAGCACGACAAAUUCUUCGCUCAGGACCCGGAAUAGCGGAGAAACUCGGCAAUUUUGAUCUAAACAGGGGUGGAGCAAAUGAGUUGGAAACAAUUCGUCGAUUGUUUGAACAUUGCCUUCCUUCAGAUAUGAAGAUUUAUCUAAUAAUCGAUGGCCUGGAUGAGUAUGAACCUGAGGACAGAGAGGUUGUGAUUCAAGAACUUCGAUGGCUUCAACAAAGGUUCUCCCUUUUGAUCUGCGCUUCCGUUCGAAAAGAACCAAGAGAUCUUUACGGGGUUGACCUGGCUUGGGAGAAAUUAGAAUCUGCCAAUAUCAUUGCGGUUCCCGACAACGCAAGUGACAUUGAAGUUUUUAUUGAGAGCGAAUUGGAAAUUUGCAUCAGAUCGGGGAAGUUGACAAUCGGAAACCCAUUGCUAAUCUUGGAGAUUCAAGAUGCCUUACUGAAAGGAUCUCAAGGGAUGUUUCUUUGGGUGGCUCUCCAAAUAGAAAAUCUCUGCACGAUGUGUACAGAUGAAGCUAUUUACCAGGCACUUGCGGAACUUCCCCAAACCCUCUCUGAAACCUUCGAUCGCAUUCUCAGGAAAUUUGAUUCAAACGUGGCCAGAUCGCACCAAAAAUCGAUACUAGAAAUUAUAGUUGCUGCCCGAUUUCCCCUCAGUCCAGACGAGCUUCGUGAAGCCCUCAGUGUGGUGCCAGGCGACACUACAUGGAAUCCAUCCCGACUCGUCAACGAUAUUUUCGGCAUUUUGACAUGUUGCGGAGGCCUACUCAUCAUCGAUGAAGAAGAAAACACUGUGAGGCUAGUCCACAGCAGUGUCAGGCAAUUUUUGAUUGAUCCAGAGCCCACAGGCCCAUCGAGAUUCACGCUCGAGAAAGCACAACAGAGGAUAGCCGAUAUCAUAACCACCUAUCUAAACUAUGGCGUUUUCGAAACGCAAGUAUCAACCCGAGUGAAUGCCAGCCUGCAUGUUGAUUCGGCGCCUGUCAAAAUCGUGAGCUCUGUAUUUGAAGUCCCAAACACCGUUCGGGAUUUAGCGAUGAGUCUUUUGAAACUCCGAAAAACACCAGGCUUUAACUUGGGUAAAACGCUAGAACAACUCCGACCUCGGCGUGAAUCAUUGUCUGAUCAGAGCUUUUGCUUCCUGUCAUAUGCAAAGUCGAAUUGUCUUUUCCACAUCGUUUGCAGCCUGGAACAAGCCAACCGCCGCGAGAUCGAUGCAUCGUGGCUUCAAUUACUCCGCGGGACAAUGCUGAAGAUUAAUUCCAGCGACGGUCAAAAAUUAUUACUACUUGCCGCUGAACAAGGCAUUCCAUCAAUUGUGGAGAUACUGGUAACAACUGGAAAACUUGAUCCAAAUUUAACAGAUCCGGCUGGCCGGACGCCACUAUUUCUCGCGGCCGCUUUAGGGCAUGAAGCAAUCGUCAGUCAUCUCAUCAACAUGACUAAUGUGCAUCCCAAUCUGCAAGCCAAACGUGGACAAACCGCUCUUCAUAUCGCAAUUGAAAUGAAACACAACUCAGUUGCCGAGAUACUCAUCAAGUCCCCUCGAGUGAAUCUCAAUGCAAAAGAUGGCACCGGACGGACACCAUUGCACAUAGCUCUGGAGUCCAUCGAAACUGACUCAAUCGCGAGGCUUAUUCUCAACUCUCCAUCGACACUGCUGGACGAACAGGACUCCGAAGGCUCAACGCCCCUCCACAAAGCCCUCGAAAUAGACAAUAUAUCCAUCGCAAAAGCACUCAUGACAUCUGAGAAAAUCAAAACAAACACCAAGAACCGAGCUGGUCAAAGCGCCCUUCAUCUAGCGGCCAAAUUCGACAUGACAGGCGAAAUAGCCAAAAUUCUACUACAGCACAAAUCCACCGAACCGGAUGCAGAUGAUGAAAAGAUGGUGACGCCCCUCCACCGAGCCGUCAAAAGCAACAAUAUAGCCACCUUGAAAGUGCUUCUGGAUUCUGGCCGCAUCCAGCCCCCUUUCAGAGUCAAUGGCAGACACAUGAAUCCAAAUAGAUGGACCGUCAUGCACGCAGUCGCACAGUACGGCGGCGAGAAAAUGACAAAGCUUCUUCUGGGCUAUGAUCAGAUUGACGCGAAUGCGCGUGACCAUGAUGGUAAAACGCCACUUCAUUAUGGUUCUUCGGCCGAUAAUGUACCAUUUGUCAGGUGCAUGCUUGAGGCGGACAAGGUGCUCGCCAAUGCAAAAGAUGAUACCGGGAGGACUCCUCUUCAUGUCGCUUUUAUGCAUGAUAGUCCCGGCGUGGCUGACUUGCUUCUGUCAUCCGAUAAAGUUAAUUCAGAAGAGAAGGACCAGGAUGGGUUGACUCCAUUUGAUUAUAAUGACUUGCUACGCAAUUUGAGCUUCGGGCCUCCUUAUUCAUCGGCUUUGGAGCCUGCCAUCACCCCUAGGAGAGCGAGAGAAUUAAAUGAGGGUGGUGUUGCAUGUGGAUACAAAAUUCCGGGGUCUGAAAUCAUAUUUGAGAGCCAUAUGGUCUGA